AUGGCCACCAAAGACGCAGCGCAUAGGGCUCGAACCCGGCCUCUGAACAUAGUGGAUGCUCAAGCAGAUCGGCCGAACCGUGACCCUGCCUUUCCGUUGUCGUCUCCCCCGAUCGAAAACGUUACAGCACUGAAACCCAGCACAGGCCCCGGCAGCCUCGUAUCCAAAAACCCCUUCUUUCCAUCUAACCCUUUCGCCUCGAGCUCCUCCGACGACGACAGUGGAGGUUCCAGCGGCCAAGAUGAGUUUCAUCUGGAGAGAUAUAGUCAAGAUGCGAAGAGUGUGGCGCAGACACCGCAAUCCCGCCGCCAACGGUCACUUCGACGACCACCGAAAAGAUCAGAUCGAAAGCCACGGCCGGGACUGAACAUUGUCACUAACUUCUCGACUCAAUCGACAAGGUCGCAGACAGACGGACUGGUGAUCGAAAAGGUACAUGCUCAAAGACCCCAGCUAGGACCGCGCUAUGCUACGUCGGUUGUGUCAGCGAAAGCGGAACACGUGGGCCACUCGGGGACAGAGACGAUCCUUGGCCACGGCAAUCUCGUCGACGCAGUUGUAGGACACAAAUACAUCUCAGACGGACCACAGAGAUUACCAAAAUUGAAGAGAAGCGUUGGUGGGGAAGUUGUGUCUAGAUUGCAAGAGUGGCAGGCGGCUGGAAAGAAGGCACGCGCCAACGCCAACGCCAACAAUACACAGCUUGGACGCUCACAGAUCAAUGACAAGGCCACGACGGAAACUGAUGGCUCUCCUCAAGCAAGGUCGAUCGUUAUCGGACUCAGCGUCCCGGAACACGAAGCUGACGCUCGCCGGGCCACAAAUGGUGGAGACAGUGCGGUCUCAGGGCCUACCCCGGACACACCUGCGAUCGUGGUGACUCCUGCCGACGAGACCGAGUUUGGGAGACCUCGAUUCUUGGGCGAACCUAGGCCUCCCUCUAGCAUCUAUUCCGCUGUUCCUCGAAACGAACCCCCGCCGUUGACUUAUGACACCCCUCCAGUGCCAAAGAUCCCUCGAGCCCAUGCGAACCAGAACGGUACAGAGCCGGUGACCGCAGGCGCGGUUGUGGUCAGGACCAUGUCAGAUGGUCGUCCGCACUAUGCUCGAGGACCUAAAGUUGACGACGAGAAGGGCCUAGAUUUUGCGGACGGCGCGCCGCGGAACUCAUGUGAAAGCCAAAUGCCCAUCCUGCCCUCAGGCCCCGACCAUGAGCGUCCCCGAUCACAGGGAUGGUGGAACCUGAUGCUCUCGCCUAUGCUAUCGAGAAAAGGCACGGUCGUGGAAAAGGGCGGUGCCAGGGCCGUGGAGACCCCUCCACUACCAUCAGGCCCGGCGGCGGUAACAACACCCCACACGAUUUUCAAUGCACCUGUCUCUCCAGAGUCCCCCGAGACGCCACGUCGUCUAGGGUUGGCCAGUGCCAGAGCCAGUGUCUGGUCUCGAUGGACCUCGUGGGAAAGAGAACGGGAAAGGGCUGGAAGCAAACAGACAAACAAGCAGGCUCAACCUUCUGACACCAUCAAACAGCAGGAGACGUCCCAUAAUUUCAAGGAUACUCCCUCCAAACCCGCUACAUAUCCCUCUAGUGAUGGUCUUGCAGCGGAAUACUACCACGCAUGUGCGGUCGAGCAGCUGAGCGGUGUCCAAUACUUCGAGUGUCAGAACCAUUCGUGUACAGAAGGGUUGCCCCGAUUGCAGUCCGUUUUCGAUCCCAAUUCUUCGCCGGGUGUGUCGACCGCUGCAAACGAAGCCGGCCGUUCUGUUGGUGACGCUGCUGGGGACGGCAAUGUGCCUCUGUCCCCAAAGGCGAGAGUGCAGAGUGAGGUGACCAUCCGGACUGAACCAGCAGAACUCUCGCCGAAUGUUCGACAGGCCGACACAGCAGCAGUGAUGAAGGCAAGAUCGAUCGAGACACCAGACAUGCCAGGUAAUGCACCGGGCGACCCGAGCCCCAAAGCCUCGCCAACUCACGUGGAGGCUGCAAACUUGCAGAGCGCGCAGCCCACCCCUGAUCCAGAGCCUCGCCAUGUCCUGAUGCAAUAUCCAAAUAUUGCGACGGUUGUGCCUCCGCACGUCAAUCAGCCACCGGUCAUGUCACCUGGUCCUGUCUCGCCAGCAAUGCAGCGAACCAUGGCGUCCCAGGGCGCCGUGCCCAUGACAGAAAUGCAACAGAAUUCAGGCCACGCUCCUUUUUUGGAUCAUGGGCACACGUCAACGCAGCCGGCGACCCCCGGUCAAAUACCACCUCCGUUGAUCACCAUACAUCAGCUCACGACCCAUGCGGACAGGCCUCCAUAUGAACCAUCUCCCAGAGUCACAGAAGCUAGAGUGGAGCAUACAGAUAGUCGUCCUGGCUCGGUGCGACAGCUGAGUCGGCCCGCGCCACAGAGAGACGUGGCGUCAAAAGCAACUGGCCAAGACAGCAGCAAGAAAUCAAGUAUCCUUUCGAUGCUAAAAUGCUUGGGCAAGAGGAAACUGCCAGUAGAAGGAGACAACGCGACGGCGAAGAAGUGGCCGUGGACGCUGAUCAUCUCCAUUCCGUUGUUUUUGAUCGUCCUGACCUGCCUUCUACUUGCCAUCUUUCUCACCCGCACCGGGACCGAUACGCCGGUGCAGAGUCAGUGGCUGAAUCUGACCGGCUACCCGCCUAUCCCGACCGGCAUCUCUACCAUCGCCCGACCAGAUGCUGUCAGGCAACAGUCCCAGUGCGUGGCACCGACCACACUCUGGAGCUGUGCUUUGCCAAAGGAGAGCCAGGCCGACAUUGCACCGAACAAUGCUGAUCAGCCAAACUUCCGCUUCGAGAUCACCUUUCGAAACGGGACUGUCCCAACGAACAUGACCAUACCCGUGGGCAGUGUGUCGCGGAGGUCAUCCGGGGUCGAGAGGCGUGCCAGUGACCCCUUUACGAACGAUCUCUUCGAGCCCAAUCCGACCCCACCGAGCCGGGCAGAUCAAAUCUUCAUGGGCAACACGACCGAUAAUACCACCCAGCCGUUUGAAGGGGAACAAACCCCGUUCUUCAUCACCUUCAUUCCGGUCUUCCCGAUCGAUCCAUCCAACACCACGAGCUCCAGUUCCAAGAGUUCACGGCUUCGAACCAGACAAGCCACGAACUCGUCCGACUCGAUCCCUGCCCCAGACGUCCUCGACGAUGGCAGUGCGGCGCCGGCCAAUCUAUUGCCCACUUCGCCGUACCCCACCUCGCAGCCUAUCAAGCUCUACAACCGUGGUCAGACGGACGAGCAUUAUGGAUUCUACAUGUACUACGACAAAGCCAUCUUCCUCAAGUCGACGGCACCCCUCAAUACGUCGGAGUUCUCGAACAACGCCGGGAUCGAUCCUGCGGAUGAGAAUGGGGGGGCGACCCGAGAGCAGUCCCGGCUGCGGUGCACCUUGAGUCAAACACGGUUUCUGGUCAAGGUGUGGACCAACGCUGCAUUUGGGGCGACGCUCCUCAGUCCGACCAGCGAGAACAACGGGACGAAUGGGAACGGCACUGUCAGCUCGGCGACCGACUUCAACCGUCCUGGAUCGUUCCCAUACCCGACAACACUGAGCCUGGACCGACAUGGUGGGAACAUCAACAAGAAAGCGGUUUAUUGCUACGGGGUGGACGACCUGCAAGUGAUCCAGACCGACGUCAAGAGCAUUGUCCCCGAGGCCAGGGGGGUUGGAGGGACGCUGAUCAACCCGGCGCCGCCGUUGGUGAAUGGCUCGAUCGAUGCAGGCAACGAUAGCUUUGACCAGGAUGCCGGAGGGAUUGAUGGGGGGACGGGGGGAUGCGAAUGUGUUUGGCAGAACUGGAAUUAA